AUGCCCCCAGCCAAUACACCUGCAGGAAAUAUUGUUCAUUCUCCAUCGAUUUCUGCAUCGCCCCUUCAGCAUUUGAGCGUCGUUUCUAUCCCUGUUUCAACACUCCCAGCGGCCGCCUCCGAUGACGCUCAUGAUGAUAAUGUGAGCUUUCUUCGAUCUCGUGUUCGCUCUCCUCACGGGACCUCCUCCUCAAGUCGCCCACGCCGUCGCCGACACCAGGUCUUAUCCGAAUUCGAAUCUGAUCCGAUGGAACUGGACGAUCCGACUGGUGUACGUAUGUCCGUGGAAGUCAGUCGUCGCAUCCCUAUCGUGCGCCGACAGCGGGAAGGGCCGACCGAUAUGCCGAACUAUGAAGGUCACGUCUCUAAUAUACGUUCGUUGUAUGGUUGGGCACCAGGCUCUGAUGACGAAGACGAGGACGACUUGGUUUAUGGGCCUUUGCAGGAUGCCAGCACCAUCUCAUCGUGGUUCGGUCCCCCUUCGGAUCGCAAUGCGACUUCAAGACGCCACAUUCGACAGGAUCCAAAUGGACGAAGCCCCCCUGUACCUCGCGUCGAGCUUUCAGAGAGUAGUACUCAGCCGGUGGAUGACACUGCCGCAACGGCGGCGACGGCGACGACGGCAGAGACCUUGCUACAAUCAGUGAGGCGUCAACCGCGCUUCUCGAGGACACGAACCCUGCACAACUAUCUCUUAGAGCGGGACCAGACCAGUCAGGAUUUGGAGGGCAGUCGGGAGCGAGGAGGAGCAACAUCGACUUCUCGUGCAUAUCGCUUUAUACCGAGCAGUCGAGGAGAAACACAACGGCUUCUGACACCGAGUGACAUUCGUGCUCGAGUCAACGCCCACCGGCAGUUACAUCUAGAGCAUUCCCCCAGUCCGCGCUUAAAAGAGACUAUUCGAUAUCUUGACCGUCUACGUUACUCCACUUCUUUCGAAGAGAGUUUGUCAUCGGCUGCCGCAGGCGGAUUUGUCCAGCUCGAUUUCUUCCCCUGGGACGAGGACGAUUUUAUCUUGGAUACAACCUCAAUUCCCCCGCCGCCGCCAUGUUCGUGGCUCCGUCCGGGAAUGGUAUUUACAGGCUCGCAGAUGGCCGCAUGUACUCCCAGCUCGAUUUUAGCGCACCGUGGACCGACUUCACAUCCAGCUGGUGAACCGAUGAUAGUAAAUGGUAGUGAGAGUGGCCGCGUGAGUGUUUACACUACUAGUGGUCGGCGUUAUCUAGCAAACAGCAUCUACAAUCUCGGGACAGGCAAGGAUGAGAAUUGGCCCGUGAAGGUCACCAUCCAUAACAUUAAUUACCAAGACAUGACUCUUUCGGGAACCAUGGAGGCUUACAACAUUCCUGACAAAACCUCGCCAGCUCAUGAUGCACACAUUGUUACUUUUUUAGAGGGGGAGAUCAUUGACUUCAACACGCAUACUCUCGAGACGAAGAACUUUAAAGCCGAUGCUGAGACUGAUAGUACCUACUGGCGGGAGCUGCAGCCGUUCAAGCACCUAACGGAUGACGAAAUGACAAGGAGACUUGUGAGUCGGAAAUGGAUAACAGAAGAGUUAUCCAGGCGAUGGAUCUUGAUGAGAUGGAAAGAACGCUGUUUCAUCACGCCAACUGACGUUCGUCAAGGUCUCACGAUUUCUGGAUUCUACUACAUCUCCCUUCGUCGGGACACAGGUCAUAUUGAAGGUCUCUAUUAUGAUCCAGGGAGCUCGCCAUACCAACAACUGUCUUUGAAGCCGGAGACGGAAAAGAUGAUCCGUCCUUCUUACGGUUUCAGCUGCUUCAACUUCAGUGCUGUCACUCGGCGACUACUUGGGUCGACCAGGGGCAUUUCUGGAUUGACUCGUUUAUCAGGGGUAAGCAGUGCAUAG